AUGAAGAGUGCCGUAUUAUUGUGCGCGUGUUCGCUGCUGAUCAGCGUCGGGGCCGUCGGCAGGUACAGAGGCCUGGAAUUCUUGGACCCGUGUCCCAGGAGGGAUCCCAAGCUGGAAGCCUGCCUCGCCAGGUCGGCCAAUGUACUUACCGAGCAUUUCCGUCAAGGUCUACCGCAGCUGGGUUACCCCGAGGUGGAACCAAUUAUCUUAGACGAGUUGCACAUCUCGCUUGGCGGCGGUCCGGACGGCUACAGGGCGCAAUUCAAGGAGAUUACCGCAAAGGGUGUUUCCGCUCUGCGAGUGACUGGCCUCAGGACGCGUCUAAGCGACGACGAGGUGCAGCUGCAAUUAGCGCUCAGCAUUCCCAAAAUCAGAGCGGCCGCCAGGUACCGGUCCAGCGGGACCUUGAUUUUGGUACAGGCGAGCGGCGCCGGCGACUACUGGGGCGAAUACGACGGCGUCAAGGCCAAGGUCUUCAUCAGGGCGAAGCCGUUUAUGGCUCAAGGUUACCGUUAUCUCAGGUUGCAGCAGUUAAAAAUGGACUUCAGUGUGCAGAAUAUCAAAAUGGGCGUCGAGAAUGUGCGCGACAGCAAUCCCAUACUGCUGGCGGCGCUGAAUCUCUUCAUCAACAGCAACAGCCAGGAGCUGCUGAAGGAAAUGAAACCGGACCUGCGAAGGAAGCUGGUACAAGUAAUGUCGGCCUUCGUGGAGAAGCUGUUCGCCCAGGUUCCGUACGACGCCUGGAUCACGGAUUAAGACGCUGGCGGCUAACGAGUCGCCGAUAGGAAAAAUCGAUCAUCGUCACUUAGUUCGGGGAAGAAAAGGGAAGAACCCGAGGCGACGAAGGCACUGUUCUCGUAGUACAA